AUGGUUCUUCCCGUGAGGCUUCAUCCUCGCGAUCCACAAAAAAAGUGUCAACUGAGAACACCGAUCGUGCGGGAACCAAUUUACAUCUUGCCUAAUCCUAGCAUCUCCGCCUUUUCCACCAGCGAGCCUGAAACUUGGUUCUUGCCUGACGAGUUACACGAUGAUGAUGAUGAAAUGCAAGUCGACAAUUCCAAUGCUGGUAGUCCAUUUGAGGCCGAAGACCAUUAUGACCUCCCGAUCCGACAAUUGCCACCACCUUAUGAUCAGCCCUCGGGAUCACACUUUCAGCCGCAACAUGAGUACCACUCCUAUCAGCAACACAAUGAGCCCGAUCCCGAGCACGAAUUCCCUCUUGAUAUCUACAGUCAGCUUGCCUCAUUGCGCCUCCAGGGCAACCGGAACACAGCAGCCAUUCGCCGCAUCGAGGAGCAGCAAGCCCGCGCCAACAACUACAUGGAAAAUCUUUAG